UGCUCGUCACAGUGCUGUCGCGUCCUCCGUCCGGUGCAGAAUGAAUUCGAAAAAGUUGAAGACCACUCUACUACGUGCGAAGGAUAUCUUCUUGGAUUUCGCGUCGAAAACCUCAAUUCACGGGGUAAAGUACUUCGGUUGUCCGGAUCGUAACUGGUGUGAGAAGUUCUUCUGGAUGACUGUGUUUGGUUUGUCGGUGUGCAGUGGUGCCCUGCUGAUUCGGAAAGUGUACGACAAGUGGGAUCAAACUCCAGUGAUCGUGAGCUUCGAUGAGAAGUUCACUCCAGUGUGGCAAAUUCCUUUUCCGGCGGUGACUAUCUGCCCAGAAGUCAAAACUCCAAUCACGGUUAUGAAUUUUACCAAAGAAUUUCACCUGUUUAUGGAGCAAUCAUUUAAGAGAAACCGCCAUCAAACGAGGGACGACACUUUACUGGCAAUGAUGCAACUUUGCGAUCGAACAAACAUACUCAAUUUGAUCUCGAAAACCAUGACCAUACCUAACAAGAGGACUGGGGAAAGUUAUGCCUCCCUAAUCCGAUUGUUGAACAUCCCACAAACGGAAAUGUUGGACGAUUGCAUUUUCCUUAGCGAAAGAUUCAACUGCUCAGAGCUAUUCUCGUACACGCUAACCGAAGAAGGAGUCUGUCUCACAUUCAACAUACUUUCAGCCAAAGACAUGCUUCGCACGAAUGUCCUUCAGUCCAGUGAUCCCUACAUAACCGAACAAUCGGAGGCGCCCUAUUGGUCACUUGAGUUGGGAUAUUCUCGACAAGCAAACAUCACGUCAUACCCUCGACGUACACUCGGACCUGGCUACUCCGCAGGGCUAUCGCUUUUCCUACGGUCGGACCUCACCAACCAUGACUACCUCUGCAGGGGACCCAUUCACGGUUUUAAAAUCCUGUUGCACUCAUCCAGCGAGUUCCCCCAAGUUACGAACAAAUUCAUUCGGAUCCCCAUGAAUCACGAGGUAACGGUCGCCGUCAAACCGGAGAAGAUCUCCACCAACGACGGCUUGCAGGGCUACAGCCCGGAGCGACGGCAGUGCUUCUUCAACAGCGAGCGACAUCUGCAGUUCUUCCGAGUGUACAAUCAGGCGAACUGUGAGCUCGAGUGUUUGACUAAUUUUACCCUGCUUCGCUGCGGUUGUGUCAAGUUCUCGAUGCCUCGGACGAGUGCCACACCGGAAUGCGAAAUAAACCAGUUUUGGUGCAUGUGGAACGCGGAGAUCGAACUGCUCGAGAUGGGUCCUAUCGGGCAUAAGUUUGAGGAGCUCAAUUUCCGCGCCAAGUGUAAUUGCCUGCCGGCGUGUACCUCGGUGCAGUACGAUACGGAAAUCACUCAGGCGAAUUUCGACUGGAUGAAGUGGGCCCGCACGAUGAACGUCUCGGCGAUGGCAGUUAGAGGGUUGGAAAUUUCGCGACUGGGAAUCUACUACAAGGAGUCGCAGUUCAUGACUUCCAAGCGCAGUGAGCUGUACGGAUUGACGGACUUCUUGGCGAACUGCGGUGGACUUUUGGGAUUGUGUAUGGGCAUGAGUCUGCUCAGCCUGGUGGAGCUGUUUUAUUUUUGCUUCAUAAGACCGUUUGCGCUGUGGGGACAGCAAGGUGAUAAGAAGCAAAUCGAACAUGAUCGAGGCUCUUCAGUGGUAGACGAGAAAAAUAUUGCUGUGAAAGGAGAUUAAGUGCUAACCUGACAAUGGAAUUGGCCUUUUUUCAUUUAGAUCUUUGUUUGUUUAAGCAUGUUGAAUGGCAAAAAUUCUCAUCUAUUGUUGAACUCCCACGCAUUAUUUCAACAACAGGCAAGGAUUUUGACGAUUUGUGAAUUUAAGAUAAUUUUAAACACUAAAAUCGAAAAGAAAAUUAAAACGUAUUUAUGAUGUUAAACUGAAAUUAGAAAUCAAAUCGUAUAGGCAUGAAAUACUUAUGGUAAAACAGCAUGGCGCAAUUGAAAAUGCGAACAAAUAAAGAUAAA